UUGCAGGUGACCGUGAGGUCUGCGCGUCCGGAGUCGCGUCCGGAGUCGCGUCCGGUCCCGUCCCGUCAGCUGCACGCCCGAGUCGGGCCGGGCUCGGAGCCCCAGCCAUGCUGUUCUGGCACACGCAGCCCGAGCACUACAACCAGCACAACUCCGGCAGCUACCUGCGGGAUUUGACUAGUGCUCUUCAAAGGGAAAACGACGUCCUUGCUCUGCCCAUCUUCAAGCAGGAAGAGCCCCAGCUGUCCCCGGAGACGGAGGCCCGCCUGCCGCCCCUGCAGUAUGUGCUGUGUGCUGCCACAUCCCCGGCUGUGAAGCUGCACGAAGAGACCUUGACCUACCUCAACCAAGGUCAAUCUUAUGAAAUCCGACUGCUGGAGAAUAGGAAGCUGGGAGAUUUUCAGGAUCUGAACACAAAAUAUGUGAAGAGUACCAUCCGCGUGGUGUUCCAUGACCGCCGACUGCAGUACACGGAGCACCAGCAGCUGGAGGGCUGGCGCUGGAGCCGGCCUGGGGAUCGCAUCCUGGACAUCGAUAUUCCACUGUCUGUUGGUAUCUUGGACCCCAGGGCCAGCCCGACCCAGCUGAACGCAGUCGAGUUUUUGUGGGACCCUUCGAAGAGAGCAUCUGCCUUCAUCCAGGUGCACUGCAUCAGCACCGAGUUCACCCCGAGGAAGCACGGGGGCGAGAAGGGAGUGCCUUUUAGGGUGCAGAUCGAUACCUUUAAGCAAAACGAGAAUGGGGAGUACACAGAGCACUUGCACUCGGCCAGCUGUCAGAUCAAGGUGUUCAAGCCCAAGGGAGCCGACCGGAAACAGAAGACUGACCGGGAGAAGAUGGAGAAAAGAACAGCCCAAGAGAAGGAGAAGUACCAGCCAUCCUAUGAAACCACUAUCCUCUCAGAGUGUUCCCCGUGGCCCGACAUGGCUUACCAAGCAAACUGUGCCUCCUCUCCAAGCUACAACGGCUCUCCAAACAGCUUCGGCCUCGGUGAAGGGUACGUGCGACCUUCCUCCCCUGGCGGACCCUGGAGUGACCACAGCAACAGCUCCCCAACCCACCCUGUGGAGGCCCUGCCUGUGGGCAGUGACCACCUGCUCCCCUCGGCCUCCAUGCAGGACGCCCAGCAGUGGCUCCAUCGCAACAGAUUCUCCCAGUUCUGCCGGCUGUUUGCCAGCUUCUCGGGUGCUGACCUGCUGAAGAUGUCCCGCGAUGAUCUGGUCCAGAUCUGCGGCCCUGCAGAUGGGAUCCGGCUCUUCAAUGCCAUCAAAGGCAGGAACGUGAGGCCGAAGAUGACCAUUUAUGUCUGUCAGGAGCUGGAGCAGAACCGCGCACCCCUACAGCAGAAGCGGGAUGGUGGCGGGGACCCCAAUAUGUGUGUGUACCACGCCAUCUUCCUGGAGGAGCUGACCACCUUGGAGCUGAUUGAGAAGAUUGCCAACCUGUACAGCAUCUCCCCACAGCACAUCCACCGAGUGUACCGGCAGGGCCCCACUGGCAUCCACGUGGUGGUCAGCAAUGAGAUGGUGCAGAAUUUCCAAGAUGAGUCCUGCUUCAUCCUCAGUACCUUGAAAGCUGAAAGCAAUGACGGCUACCACGUCAUCCUGAAAUGUGGCCUCUGAGCAGAAGCAGAGCAGACAGCUGCCUCCCGUCCCAGCCCCAUGGACCCCCAGAUGUAGGAAGCACACCCCUGUAAGCUGCCGCCAGGAGGACCCUGCCCAAACCAUGAAAGCCACGGCCUGACCACCAGUGGAGACCAUGGAGGCAGAGUCUCUGGCAGGCAGAAGGCCAGUGGCUUCCCCCUCUCCUCCUCCCAGCACCCAGCUUCGGAACUGUUCCUUGCUCUUCCCUCUCUGAAGGGCAGAUGGGUGGGGGGUGUCUUCUCUGAAAGCCCUGCUUCUGUAGUUGAAGGCUUGCUCACUGGGUACCAUGGUGCCACCUGGAUCCGCUCCUUCUGACCACUCUUCUGCCUCCAGAGGAAGCCCUGCCUCCCCCAGACCUUUGCCCUCUUUGGUAACCUGCUCCGUGACCGUGACCAUGACUGUGACUGAGACUGCUGACUCCCUGGGGGCAGCUCCCCCCAUCCUCCUGUCUUCCUGUCAGUUUCCCACCCUGGUGAGCAUCUGUCUUCCUGUUCCUGGAUGGAUUGACAGGAAUUGGGUUUUCUGUGCCUUCUGCUUCUUUCACGUUUACCUUAUUCUAAGGGUCUCCUGCUGCAGAGCCUGAGAGGGGCUCACAUCUCUUCACGGGUGUGGUGGACACUCAGGGCCACCUAGUCCUGAGGCCCUGGGGCAGGGGGGCUGGAAAGCCUUCU